AUGGAGCUUCCUCCAUUUCUUCCGAACGCGGAGUUCACGAUACAACACGCUGCACCUAUCGCCGAGCAGCUAAGAAAGGAUCAAACCAGAUGCAAAGAGGGCCUUACGCCUAGCAGGCUUGCGCUAGUACUACCAGGCUCGCCAUCGCCGGUACUAGAUGCGAUCGCAGCGCACUUCACCCCUGACGCUGAAGUCUCGCGAGCGCUGAGGCUGGCCCGAUGCGAAGCCAUAAUUGGGGGCAUAAAGUCUUACUGGAAUGGUCUCAAACAUACGACGAGUGAGGAUGAGGAUACUCUUCUCAGUGGAGAGGCUCAUAUGCCCAAAGUCGAAGAACUCGAGGCGACUCUCAAGGUGCUACAAUACCUCGAGAGAGGACCAGUCUCCAAUAUUACGCCUAGCAGUUCCUUGAAGGAAGUUGUCGCGGCAGUAAAAUCUCACCUUCAAAUCAGUGAUGACAUGCGAGAGCACUUUCAUAACGAAGGUAGAAAAAGGGUUUCCAAACAACGAUGCUACAUGUGCCGGCAACAGUAUGGGAAGAGCGGCGCCCACGAUCUAUACCCUGCGCUUUGCAUUCACUGCGGUGCAUUCAAUAUCAGUUCGUCAAGAUUAUCCCUGCCGGAAAAUCUAGUGCUGGAUGGGAAAACAGCACUGGUCACUGGAGGGCGGAUCAACCUGGGCUAUCACACAGCCUUGAGGCUGCUGCGAUGUGGUGCACAUGUUAUCGUGUCUUCGCGGUACCCAGCCGAUGCAGUGAGUCGAUAUGCUACGGAAGCCGACUUUGAGCGCUGGCAGUCAAGGCUAAAGGUCGUCGGUGCUGAUUUCCGGGCUGCCAAAGACGCAUUUCGGAUCGUGCGUGUCGUGAGAAGACUUUUAUAUCCCUGGCAUGAAGAACGCCCUUCAACCGAGCGAAGAUUCCUGGACAUUCUGAUCAACAAUGCUGCCCAGACAUUGACGGAUCCUGUCAAGGCCGAAAUCAAGGCAAUUUCUCGAGAGCAGCGAUUGAAAGAUCUUCCGCAGGUCAAGAGGUUGAUCGCCGACACGACUGAAGCCAAGUAUCUACCGAUGGUCAGAGGAGGCCUCGAUGCAUCAUGGAUUCCCAAAAUCGAUAACGGGGAGGAGCCGUUGAAGAUUGGAACUAAUGAAGAGAAAGUAGAGAAUCUUUCCAUCGCCCAGAAAGGCCUUCACACCAGCGAGGAUGCAAGGCUUGGGAAGUCGUCCUGGAAGCAAUCGCUAGACGAGAUACCGUAUGAGGAUUUGAUCAGUGCACAUUCCGUCAAUGCUUUUGUGCCUCUCAUAUUAUGCCGCGAACUGCUGCCCUGUAUGGGCACGGAUGACCCCCGGUCUUCCAAAAGGCCCAUGGGCUAUAUUGUGAAUGUCUCCUCACGCGAAGGCAUCUUCGACGACGUGGCCAACUCUCGCAGCAAAGCAGGCCACCAUGUUCACACAAACAUGUCGAAGGCUGCGAUCAACAUGAUCACUGAGACAGAGGCGACUGCUGCCUGGAAGACUCGUCGUGUCGCAAUGAACUCGGUCGAUCCGGGCUACAUGAGUGCGGCACCGGACUGCCAGCCUCGAGACGGUUGCCCGAUUGGAUUUGAAGAUGGUGCUGCUCGUGUCCUCUGGCCCAUUGUCGUGGGAGAGCGCGAGGGAAGGGUGGUCUCAGGCAGGUUUCUGAAGCAUUUCGAGGAGGGCGCUGCCAUCGUUCGACGUGGUUAG